AUGAGUGGCCAAGCAGCAAACUACUAUAACCCUAACCAGGGCUUUGACGAUGGGCAAGCUUCCUAUGCAAACAACACGAAUAGCAAGUAUACCCAGGGCCAUGACGAUCGCAAUGGCAAUUAUCAGCAGCCAAGCAACUUCCAGCCACCUGUAAACUAUCAACAGCCUGCGAACUAUCAACAGCCUGCAAACUAUCAACAGCCCGGCCCUGAGCAAAAGCCGCCGCCAACCUAUCCCGAUAACCCUCCGCCAUACACUACAUUUGACGAUGCCUUUAAAAUCGAGAAGCCCAAGUAUAACGACAUCUGGGCAGGUCUGCUGUUGAUCGCUGUUUUCUUGGGCUAUGUAGCACUCUCGGGUGUCACCAUUCACAAGUAUGCCACGAACAAAGGAUUCAGCGGAGGCGGAAUCUAUGACUCGUCCAACGACUUCUCCCUCAACACUAAUACACUGGUGCUGUUCAUUUUUGUCCUGUGUGUAGCUCUCGCCUUCUCCUGGGCCUAUUUCCUAGGCGCGCGGUAUUUUACCAAGACAUUUAUCUGGGCGACGGGUAUUUUGAACAUCGUUUUUGCCCUGGCGACCGGCAUUUACUACAUUGCGCGCAAAGAAUAUGGAGGCGGCAUUGUAUUCCUACUAUUCGGAGUCUUCGCCAUCAUCUGUUUUAUCAGCUGGAUUCCGCGCAUCCCAUUUACGGCUUUCAUGCUGCAGACUACUAUGGAUGUUGCCCGUGGCUACGGUCAUGUCUUCCUCGUCAGCGCUCUUGGCGGAAUUGUCACUGUAGCUUUCGCAGCUUGGUUCUCCGUCACCCUGGUCUCGAUCUAUGUGGCUUACGAGCCUGACUCGACAGGUACCAAUCCCUCAUGCCAAAAUGGCGGCUGUAGUACCGCCAAGGUCAUUGGAUUGACCGUGUAUGCGACUUUCGCCAUGUACUGGUUUAGUGAGUGGAUUAAGAACACCGUGCACACAACUAUUGCUGGCGUGUAUGGGUCGUGGUAUUUUUGGAGCAAGUCCGCCGGUGGGAUGCCCAAGGGCUCGACCCGUGGCGCGUUCCGACGAGCCACUACGUAUUCAUUCGGAAGUAUCAGCUUUGGCAGUUUGAUCAUUGCGAUUAUCAACAUGCUUCGCCAGGCUUGCUCAGUCGCACAGCGGCAAGAAGCGGCGCAGGGCAACCUGGUUGGAAGCAUCUUUAUUUGGAUCCUGGGUUGCUUCAUCUCGCUCCUUGACUGGCUUGUUACGCUUUUCAAUCGAUAUGCCUUCUGCCACAUUGCUUUGUAUGGCAAGGCCUACAUUCCUGCGGCCAAGGACACAUGGAAGAUGAUGCGAGACCGCGGCAUUGACGCUUUAGUACAAGACUGCCUGAUGGGCCCGGUUCUGACCAUGGGCUCUGUUUUUGUCUCCUACGUCUGUGCGCUGCUGGCCUAUCUCUAUCUGCAGUUCACCAAGCCGGCUUACAACUCGAAUGGAGAAUUUACUCCGGUAAUCAUGGCCUUUUCUUUUGUUAUUGGUCUACAAGUCUGCCAGGUUUUCAUGACACCUAUUGGCAGCGGUGUGGAAACUAUCUUCGUCGCUAUGGGUUGGGAUCCUCAAGUUAUGAUCAAUGAUCACCCAGAAAUAUACUACAAGCUGGUUCAGCUGUACCCGCGCGUGCAAGAGGCCAUUCACGCUUGA